CCCCGGCGGGCUCCGCGGAGCAUUGUACUCACAUCCGGGGCUGGGUUUUGCUUUAAUGCGAAACGUAAUUAACCCGGAAAAAAGAGCCGAGGGACGGGAGAGAAGGAGGGGGCACUGGGGGAGACCACAGCGAGGGGAGCGAGAGGCGCGGAGAGUUUGGCAGCCAGACCCAGAAAUCCCUGGAGCGCGGCGGACCCGGCAGCCGGAGGGGCGACCCCGCCUGAUGUAACGCGCCCCGCCCGAGCCCCGGCCCCUGCACGGGGGCAGCGAAACUUCUCUGCGGGUUCUGGCGCCGGGGCACCGACCCCGCAACGACUACCCGGGCUGCGGGAGGGGAGGAGAGCAGAGAACGUCCCCAGAUGCAGAAGCUGAGGCACACGAAGGUUAAAUAAUUGGUGGUCAUACAAUUAACAAGUAUCCAGAACUGGAAUUUGAAUGCAGGCCCCUGAUCUAAAGUUUGGGCUUAUCUCCUCUAUGGAUGUAAAGUGCCCAACGCUAUCCUGGGCAGAUAGAGCCUUGGAAAAGGUGAUGUGAGCAGAGCCCAGGAAUGCCUUAUGUGGAUCGGCAGAACCGAAUCUGUGGGUUUCUGGACAUCGAGGAGCAUGAGAACAGCGGCAAGUUUCUGCGGAGGUACUUCAUUCUGGACACCCAGGCUAACUGCCUCCUCUGGUAUAUGGACAACCCCCAGAGACAAAGUCUUGCUAUGUUGCCCAGGCUGGUCUCGAACCCCUGGCCUCAAGCGAUCCUCCCACCUCAGCCUCCCCAAGUGUUGGGAUUACAGAAUCUGGCAAUGGGGGCAGGAGCUGUUGGAGCUUUGCAGCUGACCUACAUCUCGAAGGUAAUGUUGACCUGGAACUCUGGGAAUUCAUGCUCCGUGAGCAUAGCUACCCCAAAACAGAAACCAAAAACUCCAUUUUGCUUUGUUAUCAAUGCCCUGUCUCAGAGAUAUUUCCUUCAAGCCAAUGACCAGAAAGAUAUGAAGGACUGGGUUGAAGCCCUGAACCAAGCCAGCAAGAUCACCGUACCCAAAGGUGGGGGCCUACCCAUGACCACUGAAGUUCUUAAGAGCUUAGCAGCUCCUCCAGCCCUGGAGAAGAAGCCACAGGUGGCCUACAAGACGGAGAUCAUUGGAGGGGUGGUGGUCCACACACCCAUCAGCCAGAACGGUGGGGAUGGGCAGGAAGGGAGUGAGCCCGGGUCCCACACCAUCCUUCGAAGGUCUCAGAGUUACAUCCCCACGUCAGGCUGCCGUGCUUCCACCGGGCCUCCCCUCAUUAAGAGUGGUUACUGCGUGAAGCAAGGGAAUGUGCGGAAGAGCUGGAAACGUCGCUUCUUUGCACUUGAUGACUUUACCAUCUGCUACUUCAAGUGUGAGCAGGACCGAGAACCACUGCGCACCAUAUUUCUUAAGGAUGUUCUCAAGACCCAUGAAUGUCUGGUCAAGUCUGGUGAUCUCUUAAUGAGGGACAACCUGUUUGAAAUAAUAACAAGCUCCAGGACCUUCUACGUACAGGCGGACAGUCCAGAAGACAUGCGCAGCUGGAUUAAGGAGAUCGGGGCAGCUGUCCAGGCCCUCAAGUGCCACCCCAGAGAAACGUCCUUUUCUAGAUCCAUUUCUUUGACCCGACCUGGAAGCUCCAGCCUUUCAAGUGGGCCCAACUCUAUCCUGUGCAGGGGGCGGCCAUCUUUGGAGGAAAAGAAAGCCCUCUGCAAAGCCCCCUCUGUGGCCUCCUCCUGGCAGCCCUGGACACCUGUCCCCCAGGCUGGGGAGAAGCUGCUUCCACCUGGAGAGACUUCAGAGGACUCUUUGUUCACGCCUCGUCCUGGGGAGGGCAGCGCUGCUGGGGUGCUGCCCAGCUCCCGGAUAAGGCACAGAUCAGAGCCCCAGCACCCCAAGGAGAAGCCGUUUAUGUUCAACCUUGAUGAUGAAAACAUACGGACCUCUGACGUGUGAUGGAGUACAGUGCCAUGGGAGGGAGGGAGGGAGGACUUGAGAGAAGGAGGCUGUGACUCAGUUUCUCUACCUUGUUGGAGGGUAGUCAGAGGCCUUUAUGUCACUCAUUCCUGUGGAUGCUCUUUGGGAGGGAGGGGCCCAUCCACCUGGCUGUGUGUGUGUGUGUGUGUGUAUGUGUGUGUGUGUAAUAAUGCAGUGUAUUUAAUUUGGGGAAGUCACUAGGUUAGAACUGUAGGCAUACUCAGUGGAGAGGAAGCUACCUAUUCUAACUAUUCUGAGGUCUUCCUGGAGAGGGAUUAUUUUAGCAGCUCCUCUCCAGAGGGGGCUGGAAGUCCAGUUUCACCACUGACCAAGUUUUAUUUCCUUGCCCUUGUUUUAGUUUUUUCAUUUUGUUUUCAGUCCAGGUGCCUCGCAGCUCUUUUGGAAUGGGCCAGCAUUAGUCUAAUUUUAAGCGCUGUGUGUUUUGUACCCUUGCAAACUUGCUUUAUCUUUCUUCUUGCUGUUGCCCUUUGAAUGAAGCCUUGUGUGCUUGCAUGAUCAGACCCUGUAAUAGGAUGAGUUUCCAUGUACUUAACAUGAAGUGAUACAAAAAGAAUCUAGAGAGAGAUACGUAUUUUUAAUGGAAUAGAAGCUUGGCAUAGAAACAUUGAUUUAGACGUUAUGAGUUGCUGGCCAGAGAUUCCUCAGAUAAAAGAACCUAGAAAAUUGAGUUUCGGGCGGGUGUGGUGGCUCACGCCUGUAAUCCCAGUACUUUGGGAGGCUGAGGCAGGUGGACCACCUGAGGUCAGGAGUUUGAGAUCAGCCUGGCUGACAUGGUGAAACCCCACCUCUACUAAAAAAUAUGCAAAAUUAGCCGGGCAUGGUGGUGCAGGCCUGUAAUCCCAGUUACUCAGGAGGCUGGGAUUCAUUUGAACCCAGGAGGUGGAGGUUGCAAUGAGCCAAGAUCGCGCCAUUGCACUCCAGCCUGGGCAACAACAGUGAAAGUCCGUCUCAAAAAAUAAAAGAAAAUUGAGUGUCCCACCCAAAUUUUAGGGCGUACCUCCUUCCAUUUGACAAGAAGAUGCUAUUUCCAGUGUCCCUGGGAGAAUUCUUCCAUCCAAUUUAUAUGGUGAAUUGCUGUCAGCGUUCCCUAAAGGAAGAGAGAACUUAGCUUAUUUCUGUCUGUAACUUUUAUCAGCUAGAUCAGUUAAUUGUAUUUUUAAAUUAAAAAUUAGUAACUAGAGGAAGAGACGAAGACAACUAUUUUUACCUGAGUAAAUGCUCUCCUCUUCUUGUGUCCAGAUCUAAUGCAGAGGUGAAAACACUUGAUGAGAAAAUCCUUUGUGGCUUGAGGGGAAUCAUGUUUCUUUCAGGACGUGUUGUUUCCCUGAAGUCUGUGUCACACUGAGAACUUUUUCUGACUGCACUGCUUUGGAGCUAUUCAUUUAAAUUGAGUUUGGCCUAGUUGUCCUGGUAUAAAACGGGAAAUCUACAUUGUUCCCUCUUUCUCUCCCUUCCAUCCCUUCCCCUGCCUUCCCUAUACACGCUGGUGUGCUUUUGCCCUCAGAAAUUCUUGGUUUGGGAGUUAUUUAUUUAUGAGUGAUCGAGGUUACGACACGCUUGGAGUGGCAUGAUUUCAAGAAGCCAUUCCAAAUUCUUAUAGCUCCUUCGCUCUGGUUUUACUCUCAUAUUUUCCCCAAGAAAAUUCUUUGGCUAUUCAAAGAAAGCACAAAAUAUGUGAUGUGGAACUAAUGAAAAUAGGAACUUUUGAGAUCUCUUUAAAUAUUCCCUGACUCACAGAAAAGAUAUCCUCUUUUGGUGUUUACAUUGUGAAAAUCUACCCAUUUAUCUCUCUCUCUCUCUCUUUUAAAUAAAUUAUCCGAUAGGUUACUAUUGCUAAAUUAAUUGGCCAUUAUAAUAAGCUGAUUUGUUUCUUAUUCAGCAAGAUCUCUUUUGAGAAUGUGUCAAAUUAAACAUACUUAGAAUCCAUAUGGUAUUAUCCUGAUAAAGGGAAACGAGGACACUAAGACUGUCAAAUGGAAAUCUUCUUGUCAAUUGGCAAACACUUGGGAAUUCCACGUUAGAGCAUUGCUUGUUUUUUUUUUUUUUUUUUUUUUUUUUUAAUUUUUAAAAGACAGGAUCCCACUCUCUUACCCAGGCUAGAGUGCAGUGGUGUGAUCAUAGUUCAUCGUAACUUUGAAUCCCUGGGCUUAAGCAAUCCUCCCAUGUUAGCUUCCCAAGUAGCUAGGACUACAGGGUUGUGCUACCACGCCUGGCUAAUUUUUAAUUUUUUUGUAUGUACAGGGCCUGGCUAUGUUGCCCAGGCUGUCUCAAACUCCUGGGCUCAAGUGAUCCUCCUGCUUUGGCCUCCUAAAGUGCUGGGAUUACAGGUGUGAGCCACUGCACCUAGCCAGAACAUUGUUAAUGUAGUUCAAUAUGAGAUAAAUUAUUAUCUUCAAUGAAAGAAGCUCUAAAAGCAUUCUCAUUCCUAAAUUGUAUUUCAAACUUCCUAUUUUGUUGAUAUUUCUUAACUUCGGGCCAAUUUUAAACCAUAAUCUUUUAAUGUGAACCAAAGAUGGUACAUAUUUGACCAAAGCAGUUAGUUUUAAAUGUAUAAAAUUGAACCAAAUGGAAAAAAUAGGGUGGGGAUGCAGUAUAGAUUAGUGACUAAGUGCAUAGGCUCUGGAGUAAAUCUGAGUUUUUUUUUUUUAAAGGAACUAAAAAAUGUACUGCAUUUUCUUUGUGGAAUAAAAGCCUUGCCUGAGUUGUGCUAUUUUCAUAAGGCUUUUGAAGUGGUCUUGACCCACUGUGUGUAACAGUAUUUCAGGUGGUCUUCCCCAUGGCUGAAUAAUGCCAUCCAUUAUUCUUUAAUUUUUAUUUUUAGAAACAGUGUUUCACUGUGUCACCCAGGCUGGAGUGCAGUGGCCUGAUCAUGGCUCACUGCAGCCUGGACCUCCUGGGCUCAAGUGAUCUUCCUGCCUCACAGCCUCCCAAAGUACUCAGAUUAUAGGUGUGAGCCACCAUGCCUGGCCACCAUCUAUUACUUUUGAAAGCUUCAAAAGACUUGCUUACUCAAUGUCAGCUGAUGGUUGGUAAAAAUAAUUUGGCCUUUAGUGUUCAGUGAGACAUCAUAAGGGUAUUGAGGCAUACAUUAUGGAGAUUGAUGUCAGGUCAGAAUAUUGGAGUUAUACAUCUAUUUCUGAGUUGAAUACUCAGCUCCCACGAGAAAGAAGGUAGUUUUAAGGUCCAGCUUCUUAGUCUACUUGAAGCAAAUUUUUUUUCUUUUCUAUUUCUGAAUAUAAAUAUACUCUUAUAUGGGCUAAAAGGACCCCAUGAAUAAAUAGCAGGUUCAGUAGUUGAGGAGUGGAAUUUAGUAGGUUUGUUUUCAGUGUAAAUUAGAUAACAUAUGUGGAGGUCACAGCAUUUUGGAAAUUGAGUGUCCCCAAGUGAGCUUUGUUUAUAAACUUUCGAAAUGUCGGAAAUGGACAGGUUUGUUAAAUCUUGUCUGCCAGCACCCUUUUCUUCCUUUGUUCCUUUUCCUCUCUGUGUUAUUGCCUGCGGCAGCCAGUCCUUCAUACUAGAUAGAGUUCAGAUAAAGCAAAUGUUUGGCAAAAACACACUGUUUGACCUCCUCCUCCUCUGCUUAUGAAGGGGUAGCAUGAUUCUGUGUUUUAAAGCAGUGAUGUUUCAGCUGUGAAAUGCACUCGCUGUAAGCUUUAGGCUGAGUGCAUGGAAACUGUUAACGCUUCUCAUUUUAUGUGAUCUCCUAAUUGGUAUGUAGCAAAAAUUUUCUAAAACCGUUUUGUGGCUUAUUUUGUAAUAAAACCAUGUGAAAUACUGAAA